AUGGCCCUUUUUGGAAGCUUAGCACAAGCGGCUUCAAGCUUUAGUCCUGCAAGACCACCGGCAAUUCCCCUCGCCGUCAAAGGCCCGUACCUAAACUCUUGGUUAGACGUCGGCAGUGACGGUGGGAACGGAGGUUAUCUAGCCGGCGAAUGGCCAAAAUUUUGGAACCAACAAGUCACAGGUUGGGCAGGCUUCAUCCGCGUUGACGGAAAAGCGUACAACUGGCUAGGCGCACCCGGCGGUGCGGAUGCAGUAGAUCAGACUGAAUUCUCUUACACAUCGACACGAAGCACAUUUGUUCUGAACGCGGGCGGCAAAGUAGAAUUAAACGUUACGUUUUUAACACCCGUUACACCAUCUGACUUAAAACGACAAUCUCUCGUCUUCUCUUACCUCGAUGUUGCCGUUACUUCGGUAGACGGCGCCAGUCACGAUGUUCAGCUUUACGCAGACGUCUCUGCUGAAUGGGCUUCUGGUGAUCUGAAUGCCAUCAUACAGUGGGACCACAACUCUGCCGAUGGAGUCGCAUACCAUCAGUUCGAACGUCAAGAUCAGGCGGCAAUCUCCGAGACUAACCAGCAAGCAAACUGGGGCACUUGGUGGUGGUCCACCAAAGACGUAGACAACCUUUCGUGGCAAAGUGGUGCCGAUGCUGACGUUAGAGGCGCUUUCAUCGAUAAUGGUGUUCUUGCCAACACGAAGGACUCCAACUAUCGGGCUGUACAAGACAAUUGGCCGGUCUUUGGAUUUGCCAAUGAUCUUGGAUCUAUUGGAUCGCAGUCUGUUUCGACGCUUUACUCUCUUGGUAUAACUCAAGAUGGCGCUAUUAACCUCCUUGGUGAAGGGAGCGAUCUUACAACUUAUCCAGCCCUAUGGAACAGCUACUUUGGUUCCGAUGUUGAAUCUAUGACCUUUUUCUAUAAUGACUACGAGACUGCCUCAGGUCUAGCUACGGACCUCGACAACAAGGUGGCCUCCGAUUCGCUCGCUGCAGCCGGGCAGAACUACUUAACUAUCACCAGUCUUAGUGUCAGACAGACGUUUGGCGCCCUCCAGUUCACCGGAACAGACUCAGACCCGCUCGUAUUCCUCAAGGAAAUCAGCUCAAAUAGUGACAUCCAGACGGUAGACGUCAUUUUCCCCGCCAUACCGCUGAUCUUAUACCUGGACCCCGCUAUCCUGAACUACUUGCUGAAGCCAUUGUUCCUCAACCAGGAGAACGGACACUACCCCAACACUAAUGCCAUUCACGAUCUUGGUACCUUCCCCGUCGCUAAGGGUUACCCUGAUGGCUCCGAUGAGCCUAUGCCGCUUGAGGAAUGUGGUAACAUGAUUAUUAUGGCCCUCGCUUAUGCCCAGAAGGCCAAUGACAAUGACUACCUUACUCAACACUACCCCAUCCUGAAGCAGUGGGCCGGCUACCUUGUCGAUGAGGCCCUCAUCCCCGCAGACCAAAUCUCGACGGAUGACUUCGCGGGCUCGCUAGCAAACCAGACGAACCUGGGUCUUAAGGGAAUUAUUGGCCUGAGAGCUAUGAGCGAAAUUGCCGACCGCACGGGCAACUCGGACGAUUCCAAGUCGUACGGAGGCACCGCAACGUCGUACAUCUCACAAUGGCAAGGAUACGGAUUGAACACGGCAGCAGACCCGCCGCACGCGACGCUGAGUUACGGAGAUGAGGACUCACACGGUCUCCUGUACAACUUGUAUACCAACUCCCUGCUAGGCUUCGGCACCGACUUCGUACCUCAAUCAGUAUACGACAUGCAAUCCGCAUUCUACCCCACCGUUGCGCUUGAGUACGGCGUUCCCCUUGACACCCGUCACAGUUACACUAAGACCGAUUGGAUGCUAUGGUCUGCCGCUAUCACGAGCGACUCUACCCGCGAUACUUUUAUCCGCUUGAUUGCCGGUUGGAUCGAUAGCACACCAACGAACAAGCCGUUUACAGAUCUCUAUGAUGCCUCAUCGGGUGAUUACCCCGGCACGCUUCAGUUCACGGCCCGACCUGUCGUCGGUGGCCACUUCGCACUAUUGGCGCUGCCGAAAUAA